AUGGCGAUUACAUAUGGUAAUAUUGCAUGGAUUCAUUAUUCGAAUGGUGAUUACGAGAGGGCUGAAGUUGACAUAAGAAAAGUUCUCGAGUUGCAAGAAUAUUGUCAAGAUUCUACCAAUGAACUAUUUAUUACAAGUCGAAAUAAUCUUGGUACCAUCUUUCAGGAACAAGGAAAACUUGAUGAAGCCCUCGAACAAUAUCAAAAAGCACUAAUAUUAUGUCAAUGUGUUUUCAAGACGGAAAAUCACCCAACACGUGCUGUAACUGAAGGAAAUCUUGGUAAAAUUUAUGAUUCAUUAGUCAGAACACGUGAGGCCAUCGAUUGUUUUGAACGGUCCCUCGCUAUUUACGAGCGUUGUCUUCCGUCUGGACAUUAUUCAUUGGUCAGUAGUCAUGCGAAUUUAGGACAGAUGUAUAUUGAGAUUGGUGAUUAUGAAAGAGCUCUGAACCAUCUUGAAAGUGCUUUGACCAUAGAAAAACAAGCUGAUCACGGUACUCAGAAAAAUCCAAUGUUACUUGCAAACACACUCGAUGGAUUCAGCUUAGUAUACCUGCGACAGAAUAAACUCACUCAGGCACUCGGCUAUUGUAAUCAAGCAUUGAAAACUUUGCCAAAAGAUCAUUCUGACAGAGCUUUUACUUAUAGACAACUGGGUGCCAUUUACAGACCAAUGGGCAUUUAACCACUUGCAAAACGAGCAUACCACGAAGCAAUUGCUGUCAAUCCAAAUAAUGAAAUUACACUGGCAGAAAAUCUUCACUCGCUUGGUUUAGUUCAAUCUGAUGAAGGAAAGCACGAAGAAGCCAUGAUUUCAUAUAAUCGUGCUCUAGAAAUUCGAAAACGAUUGUUCCCACCUACCCAUCCUGCUAUUGGUAAACUCUACAAUGAAAUGGGUGGUAUAUACCUUUCAAUCGGACCUUUAGAAGAGGCCCUAGAAUAUUUUCAAAAGACAAAAGCUAUUGAAGAAGAGUCCUUGCCAGAAAAUCAUAUAGAACGAGCACGUACUUUAAAUAAUAUCGGUGUCACACUAUUCAAGUUAGAUAGACCUGAAGAAGCACUCCCAUUUGUGGAUAAAGCAGUUGCAAUUGCUUGCAAUCUGCUACCUGAUACUGAGGGUGUGGGUGUGGGUGUGGGUGUGGGUGUGGGUGUGGGUGUGGGUGUGGGUGUGGGCUA